GAAAUUAUUCAUUAAAAAAGAAUUUAUAGAUGGUUCAACAGCUUAUCGGAAUUAAAACAGUUAAAAUUCAAAUUGACUGCUUACACGUAGUAGUUCAAUACUACUUAUACAUUAAGGUGCAUGUCUUUUAUACGUAUUCAUUAAACAGAACGGAUAUUUUGUCUCUAUAUAAAGAAAACUUACAAGUUUUGAUGACUGUCAAAUAGAUGUGUGAUAAAUUUUCUAUACCGAAAUAUAAGCUUUAAAGAAAAUAUUGAACGAUUUUUUGUAUCAAAAAUGUAUAUUUAGCGAUCUUGUUUACUUUAGCAAACACGAGUAAAAUCUCUUGUCAAAAUAAAAAUGAAUUUCUCAAAAAGAUUCGCCAUAAUGUUAUUAAAAUGGAAUUAAAAAAGAGAAAUACAAGGGAAAUAUUAAUUCGGAAGUGAAAAAGUGUUAGAUUCUACAAUAAUGUUUCAGCUCCAGCAGAAUGGAUAAACUUAACGAGUUAGUACAGAGGAGACGAGCAUGCUUGGUACAUCGGUCUUUGGCAGCUUUCCAGUUUUCGGCAGGUUUUCUGUUGGUAUUUUUCGCAGCAUACAUCGCUGCCGUUAUUCAUGGAGCUGAAUCUGGGGCGCCAUAUUAUGCCGGCGCUUUCAUAGCCGGAUUUUCGGUGCUAAUACUGUCCAUUUUUGGAGGAACUAUUUACUACAGGGGAAAACAUACACGUCUCGAGAUCCUCAUUCCAACCCGUGUCAAACCAUGGGUAAUGGUGCAUCUAAUUCUUUCACCCUGUGCAACUGUACUCUGUGUAGUUGGUGUUGUCAUCACCGGGAUAUACGGUAUCUGUCGGUCUGACACGUGUUCAUACACCACAAAUACAAAUUUCAACUUGGGAAUGGCAGCAUUCCUUUUAGUUCUAGAACUAUUAUGCCUUAUAUCGACAAUAAUUAGUGUUUUUAUCUCUGUAUACUUUGCAAGUUGUUUCGGAUUACAUUUAGUGUUCCAUGCGAAGCAAGUUCCCGGUGCUGUGCAGGUCAGACCUGUGCAUGACGAGGUUCAGACAGCACAGGAUAUGUAUGCUCAACAGUUAUGGCGACAUAAAAUGGAAAAUGAUAUAGAUUUUCGUAAAGUAGCCGAAUAUCUUGAAAUGUCUCGAAAGAAAAAAACUGAGGAGGAGAUGUAAUGCAAUUUGUACAAAUAUUGUAUGAAAGCAAAUUAUGUAAGUAAGAUACAUGUUGUGUGAGAUGUUUAUUCCACAUACUUUUAUUAAAAGGCAAGAUUUUGUGGAUUCAAUAAAAAAAACAUUAUUUUGAUGCCGUGAAGAAACAAUAGUAGUUGAAUAUUGUGUAGAAAACUUAAAUAUUGC